AUGCACUUCUCACAUGAUGUAUGUACUUUGAAUAGAGGACAGUUUAAGAAUUUCAAGUCGAGUUUGCACAAAAUAUCUCUCGUAUCCGACAACCCACAAAGUACCUUCCGUAUCCGACAACCCACAAAGUACCUCCUGUAUCCGACAACCCACAAAGUACCUCCUGUAUCCGACAACCCACAAAGUACCUUCCGUAUCCGACAACCCACAAAGUACCUCCUGUAUCCGACAACCCGCAAAGUACCUCCCGUAUCCGACAACCCGCAAAGUACCUCCCGUAUCCGACAACCCACAAAGUACGUUCCGUAUCCGACAACCCACAAAGUACCUCCUGUAUCCGACAACCCACAAAGUACCUUCCGUAUCCGACAACCCGCAAAGUACCUCCCGUAUCCGACAACCCACAAAGUACCUCCUGUAUCCGACGACCCACAAAGUACCUUCCGUAUCCGACAACGCACAAAGUACCUCCCGUAUCCGACAACCCGCAAAGUACCUCCCGUAUCCGACAACCCACAAAGUACCUCCUGUAUCCGACAACCCGCAAAGUACCUCCCGUAUCCGACAACCCACAAAGUACCUCCUGUAUCCGACAACCCGCAAAGUACCUCCCGUAUCCGACAACCCAUAAAUACCUCCUGUAUCCGACAGCCCACAAAGUACCUCCUGUAUCCGACAACCCGCAAAGUAUCUCCUGUAUCCGACAACCCACAAAGUACCUCCUGUAUCCGACAACCCGCAAAGUAUCUCCUGUAUCCGACAACCCGCAAAGUACCUCCCGUAUCCGACAACCCACAAAGUACCUUCCGUAUCCGACAACCCACAAAGUACCUCCUGUAUCCGACAACCCGCAAAGUACCUCCUGUAUCCGACAACCCGCAAAGUAUCUCCCGUAUCCGACAAUCCACAAAGUACCUCCUGUAUCUAACAACACGCAAAGUACCUUCUGUAUCCGACAACCCACAAAGUACCUCCUGUAUCCGACAACCCGCAAAGUACCUCCUGUAUCCGACAACCGACAAAGUACCUCCCGUAUCCGACAACCCACAAAGUACCUCCUGUAUCCGACAACCCACAAAGUACCUCCUGUAUCCGGCAAGCCACAAAGUACCUCCUGUAUGCAACAACCCACAAAGUACCUCCCGUAUCCGACAACCCACAAAGUACCUUCCGUAUCCGACAACCCACAAAGUACCUCCUGUAUCCGACAACCCGCAAAGUACCUCCCGUAUCCGACAACCCACAAAGUACCUCCUGUAUCCGACAACCCGCAAAGUACCUCCCGUAUCCGACAACCUAUAA